AUGGGAGCAGAAAAACACGUUUCGUUUAAUAAUGGAUUAGACGGAUCCGUUGCAGAAGAUUGUUUCUUCGCAAUGAAGGCAUUUUCCCAGGGAUAUACGUUCAAUUUUGUGGAUGGCGAAAUGUGGGAAAAAUCACCGUUUUCUCUGUGGGACUUUGUACAGCAGAGAAAAAGAUGGCUGCAAGGUAUAUUACUUGUUGUGCAUUCCAAAGCGAUUCCAUUGAGAAAGAAAUUCUUGCUGGGUAUUUCGUGUUACUCAUGGGUAACGAUGCCUCUUUCCACUUCUAACAUUGUUUUGGCCGGAUUGUGUCCGAUUACUUGCCCACCGUUGAUCGACUUUCUUUGCGCGUUUAUCGGUGCAGUAAAUAUCUACAUGUAUGUGUUUGGAGUAGUUAAAUCGUUCUCCUUAUAUCGUUUCGGUGUUGCCCGAUUUAUGCUGUGUAUAUGUGGUGCAUUAUCCACUAUUCCAUUCAACAUAAUUAUUGAGAAUGUUGCCGUGAUAUGGGGUUUAUUUGGUAAGAAACACAAGUUCUAUGUUGUUAACAAGGAGCACAGGCCGCCAUUGACCGUAUGAUGCGUCAUCAGUUUAGAACUAUUAUCUAACUGGUAUAUACUUAGCAACAGAGUAAUGUUUCCAUUGUGCAUGUGCACAAUUAGUACCUGUAAAUUUACAUAGGAAACUAUCACUGUCAUAAAUAAAAUAUUUAUAACUAGUAUUACAUGAGAAUUACAAGAUCCCUAAGACAGAUUGAUUAAUCAAUUUCAAAACAGGCA